AUUCACCUCAUUCAACCUUCACCUUUCAAGGCCUUUAUACUUUAACCCCUUCCUCUCGACUUCAAAACAACAGCCAUGUCCGACGAUAGCAUCAAGACCAACCUCGAGUGGACCUCAUCCCUCGAUAUCGAUUUCCAGCCCAGCAACACCCGCAAGACCUCCAUCAUUUGCACCAUUGGCCCCAAGACCAACUCUGUGGAGAUGAUCACCAAGUUGCGCGACGCUGGAAUGAACAUUGUCCGCAUGAACUUUUCUCACGGAUCAUACGAGUAUCACCAGUCUGUCAUCGAUAACACCCGCCAGAGCUGUCUCGAGCACCCUGGACGCCCCGUCGGUAUCGCUCUUGACACCAAGGGCCCAGAGAUCCGCACAGGGUUGAUGAAGGACGAUGUUGAGAUCCCUAUCACGGCCGGUCACCAGAUGAUUUUCUCGACCGACAGCAAAUAUGCAGAGAGCUGUACAGGCGAGGUCAUGUACCUUGACUACAAGAACUUGACCAAGGUCAUGGUCCCGGGCAAGGUUAUCUAUAUUGACGACGGUGUCUUGUCCUUCAAGGUCCUGGAGGUCGAGGACGAUCACCUCAAGGUCGAGGCUAUCAACAAUGGCAAGCUGUGCUCUCGCAAAGGUGUGAAUCUGCCCAAGACCGAGGUCGAUCUGCCGGCUCUUUCGGAGAAGGACAAGCAAGAUUUGUUGUUUGGUGUCAAGAACAAUGUCGAUAUCGUCUUUGCAUCCUUUAUCCGUCGCGCGGAUGAUGUUCGCGAGAUCCGUAAGGUCCUGGGUGAGGAGGGAAAGCAUAUUCGCAUUAUUGUCAAGAUCGAGAACCACCAGGGAGUCAAGAACUUUGACGAGAUCUUGGAGGUCACGGACGGUGUCAUGGUCGCCCGUGGUGAUCUGGGUAUUGAAAUUCCAUGCGCACAGGUCUUUAUUGCCCAGAAAAUGAUGAUCUCCAAGUGCAAUCUCGCUGGCAAGCCCGUUAUCUGUGCCACCCAGAUGCUGGAGUCCAUGACUUACAACCCCCGUCCAACGCGUGCUGAGGUUUCGGAUGUGGCGAACGCUGUCUUGGACGGAGCUGACUGUGUGAUGUUGUCCGGAGAGACCGCCAAGGGCUCCUACCCUCUGGAGGCCGUUCGCACCAUGGACGAGACCUGCAUCCUGGCCGAGUCAGCGAUCUGCUACCCACCUCUGUUCAACGAGCUCCGCAUGCUCCAGAAGCGUCCCACGGAGACGACCGAGACCGUUGCCUCCUCCGCGGUCUCUGCCGCACACGAGCAGAACGCUGGGGCCAUCGUUGUUCUCUCGACCUCGGGAGACACUGCCCGUCUGGUCUCAAAGUACCGUCCCAAGGCCAACAUCAUCAUUGUGACCCGUAAGGAGUCGACGGCACGCGCGAUCCAUUUGUCGCGUGGAUGCUAUCCGUUUAUUUAUAAGGAACCCAAGGUUGCAGACUGGCAGGAGGAUGUCGACAAGAGACUGCGGUGGGGUAUGGAUCAGGCGAUCGAGGUCGGAUUGUUGAAGCGUGGAGAGCCCGUUAUUGUGAUCCAGGGAUUCCGCUCGGGAUAUGGAAACACGAACACGAUGCGCAUCAUUGUCGCUUAAAGAUGCGAGUGCAUCGCACAUCCUAUGUACAGUUUCGUUCUCUUAUUUUCAUUGCCCAUCCAUCUUAUAUAAGUAGCAUGUUCUACAAAUUCGUUUGUAAUAAAACUUCAGGAAGAAAAGAACUUGC